UCUUCCAAGUAACAUAAGCCUAAGAAAGCGUUUUGGAAGAGAUAUGGAGAAUCAUGAGCAGACGAGUUUCAGGUUUGAGAUAGAUAACUUCUCGGAGAAGAGAGAUGUGAUAUCUCCUAAUUUCAUAAGCGGCGGAUGCGAAUGGUUUGUUAGGGUUUGGCAAAUUGAAGAUCACUUGGCUGUUACUCUGAGCGUUCCGAAUAUUGAAUCCUUACGACAUGGAUGGGAAAGGAGAGCUAAGUAUUCAUUCAUUGUGUUGAAUCAAUCGGGCAAAGAGCUCGGAAGAACAUUAGAAGCAGAAGGUCUCUUCUGUUUUGAGUUAUUAGAUUGGUGUCAUCCCAAAGUAAUGCCUAUGACCAAGCUUCAAGAAGGUUGUUUAGAAAAUAACAAACUUAUCAUUGAAGUCCAAGUAAAAGUAGUUGAAGUUGUUCAUGAAGGAGGGGUAACAACUGAGAAGGAGAUGUUCAAUAUUGAGGGUUUCGAUGUACUCUAUACUCAGGUCGAAGAACUCGAGGAACAUGUCAAGAAUCUCAAACUUGAACUGGACAAUGAGAAGACCAAAUCUUCUAAUGCUUCUGAUAGAGUUUUGUUGUUGGAGAAAGAGGUGUCAGAUCUCAAAAUUGAACUGGACAAGGAGAGAUCAGCCAAAUCUCCUAUAUCUAAAGUUGCGUUAUUGAAGGAUGCUGCGGAUUCCUUUUGGAAUACUACGAAUCUAGGGAUACGGCAGAGGAGAGCCGGUUACCAAAAAGUAGACUCAAAGAGAUUUCUAUCAUGUCCAAGAACUGGUUGAUUUUUAUUAUUUAAGUUUUUUCAUAUCUAUUGUUAACAUUAUAAACUUCUCUGUUAUUA